ACAGGAAGUUUAUCCCGGCCGUGUAUAAAGACGCUUCCUGUACUCCUGUUGAAAGAAACAUAUUUUGAAACAUUCAUGGCUUGAGGUUACAUAAAGAUACACAGACGCAAAUUAACAGCAGCCCAAGAUGAAUUACGUACCAGGCACGGCGAGCCUCAUUGACGACAUCGACAAGAAGCACCUGGUGCUGCUCCGAGAUGGCAGGACGCUGAUUGGUUACCUCAGAAGCAUUGACCAGUUUGCAAAUUUAGUUUUUCAUCAGACAGUUGAGCGCAUCCACGUGGGGAAAAAAUUUGGUGACAUCCCCAGAGGAAUAUUCAUUGUGAGAGGAGAGAAUGUGGUGCUGCUAGGAGAGAUAGAUGUGGAUAAACCCUGUGACACAGUCCUGCAGCAGGUCUCCAUCGAAGAGAUUCUGGAGGAGCAGCGGUUGCAGCAGCAAGCCAAACAGGAGACAGAAAAAGUCAAAAUGCAAGCCCUGAAGGACCGAGGCCUUUCCAUCCCCAAAGCCGAUAACUUAGACGAAUACUAACCUUGAUUCCACGAGCCUCUUUCUCAGUUUGUAUCGGACUUUAAAGUUUUAAGUUUGAGAGAGCAUGAGUGUUUUCUUCUUUUUUUUAAUGGGUUCAAGGCUGUCCCAUGCGGAGCCUGUACACUGUAGUUUACUGUACGAAUUUCAUUUGAAUUAUUUGGAGAAAAAAAAUGUGAUGGCUUCACUCAGAUCUGCAUAUCCUUACAGCAAAAUGAAAGAAUCAUGUGUUUAUGUAAAAUCACUCUGAUGGCAACUUAGCAAUUAUUUUACAGCAGCACUUUCUAUUUUGUCAGUGACAUGUUGAGCCUUUUUAUUUGGAGAUACUGUUGGCCUGCUAUUGACAAAAAAAACAACUACAUGCAAUGCUCCAUUAAAGAGUUUAGUUUUUCAUUA